AUGUAUAUCAAGGAACAAAAUAUCAAAACUCUGUUUUUAAUUAAAAUUUCUAUGCUUAUUCUUUUUACUUGGUUAUGCCAUUUUAUAAAUGACAUGAAUGGGUUUAUCAAGUCUUCGGAUGAGAGUUACACUCUUGGUAGAGUUUUAAAAAAAAGAACCUAUAGAUUACUAGCUGAAUAUAAAGAGGGUAAGGGCUCAAAUAUUGUAGUAUUAAAAGAUAUGCCAAAUUAUAAAGAGUGUAAAAAUAAAGAUAAAUCUAAUAAUAAAAAAGGGGGAAUACUGAAAAAUGGGAAACCCAAUAAAUCAUUAAGUAAGAAGAGAUUCUAUAUAAAACUUACGGAUUAUAAUGAUGGAAUGUAUGAUAAAAAAUAUUUAAAUUUUGAAAAAAAAUGGAUUAGAAAAAAUGAUUAUGAGAUCUUCCAAGAACAGAAUAAAAGAAUUAGUGAUAAAAAUUUAAAAAAAAUAAAAUUUAGAAGUUACGGAUUUGCAGUUGCUGUUUUUUUUCUUUUUUUCUUGUUUGGAAUAGGAUUCCCUAUAUUACAAGGUUUGGAGCUGCUGAAGCCUCUACAGACGCAGCUUUUAGGGCUACUAACAAUUUUUUCUUUCAAUCCUACUGCAGUACAAGACUAUAUUUGUUCAAUAUUUUAUGGAGUACUUAUUAUUAUUUUAGCUAUCGUAAUUAUAACAACUAUACCUAAGAUCUUAAUAAAUAAUGAAGAAUAUAAAAAAUUUAAGUUAAUGAAUGUACAAAAAGAACAAUGA